AUGUCCAAAUUCCUAAGUUCACUUGGUAAAAUGAAUUCUCCUUUCUCAUCCAGCAUCAGACCAACUGCAACAAAACAAUUGAAUGAAGAAAUCGUGACAUAUCGGUCAUUAGCUCAAAAAGAAUAUAAUCUUAUAGUCGAUGCUUUUGAUUAUUUUUUUAUUCCAGCAACAUCGGUUGCUUCCAAAAGCGCUUUCAGUACAGCUUCAUACUUAUUACGAAAACAACAAUCACGUUUAACACCAAAUAACUUGUCUUAUUCCAUGUUUCUUAAAGACAAAUUCGAUGAUGAUAAUGAUGAACUUGAUAUUUAA